UGUAUAACACUGAUCGACGCUCCUUAUGGCAAGUCGUUUGUCUUUCGGUUUCCUCCUCUGCACUUUAGGAAUGCUAGUUAACCACGUAAAUGCACACGAACAGGAGAAUUGGAAAAGGAAAUUCGUGGUGGAACAAUCAUGGACGAAAUUUGAACAUGCAGAUGGUCUGGAAGAAGUGGAACACGAUUCAAAAAACGAGUUUUUUGCGUUUCUCGAAAAACCGGUGAAGGAAAGUCGCGUAAAAAGACAAACACUAGACGAUUCUGGAAGUGGAAGUACGUCAGAUGAAUAUAUUACACAAUGCCACGAAAAGCUUGACCUUGGGUUUAUAUUGGACAGCUCUAGUAGCAUCGGACGAACCAAUUAUGGCAAAAUGAAAUCGUUUGUGAAAGAUCUCACCAGUCAUUUCGUCAUUUCACAAUCAUACACAAGAGUUUCGGUUAUAUCAUACGCGUCCUCAUCCUCGUUAAAUUUUCCAUUUUCACGUGUAUUUGCUUCUCGACAAGAUCUUCAUUCAGCAAUAGAUAACAUUCCCUACACUGGUGGUGGUACUAAUACCGCUUCAGCCAUGGCACAGGCGUUGUCAGAGAUGUUCCAUUCUAUGAAUGGGGCCCGACUUUCAGAUGCGAAGAAGGUUUUGAUUGUUCUCACUGAUGGCCAAAGCAGCGGGAGUGUUGAUCUACCAGCCCAGCAAUUGAAAAAUAUCAGAGUGGUGAUAUUUUCGAUUGGAGUUGGCUUUGGGAUUGACCAAUCAGAACAAGAAACAAUGGCAUCCGCUCCAGUGGAUGAUCAUGUGUAUAUGCUUAACAAUUUUAAUGAAUUUUCAACGUUGGCAAGGAAAAUGUCAGCGACGACUUGCGAUGCUAUCUCAUACCUGGUUAUAUGCGAGAAAGAUAAUAUCGAGGUGAUAAUUGGAAGGCAUGAAGUAUCAAACAUUGAUCUUAACAACAUCCAUCUUGCUGAUAGUUCGUGUAAGGCAAGCUACAAUGCAUCGCACGUGUUUAUAACGACGGCGUUGAAUGAAUGUGGAACGACGUAUUCGGAGACGGAUCAACAAAUGUUCUAUAACAAUACUUUAACUGCUACAGUUCUAAUCCCUCUAGGUUCUGUUAUUACAAGAGAAAAAUCAUUUGCUUUCAAUUUCAAAUGUGCUUACAGUCGUUUAAUCAGUGUCAGCGGAUUAAAAUUUGAACCUCCGAAGCCAGAGAUAGUAAUUAAACAGAGCAGUUUUGGAAACUUUACCGUGAAUUUGGGUUCCUACGCCGAUGAUGGUUUUCUUUCCUCUUCUUCGGAGGAUUAUCCUGCGUUUAAAAGCUUUUCCGACCGUAUCAACAUCCAGUAUUAUGUGGAUACCCAAGACUCUGAUAUAGUUGUACGCGCCGAAACAUGUCGUGCAACACCAAGUAGCAAGCCCUACGACACACCCCAGUAUGAAUUUAUCAGUAACGGCUGUGACAAAGAUUCGACUAUCACUCACUUUACAAGCGGUUUGCAGAAAAGUCACAGAUUCAGUAUCCAAGUUUUCAGAUUUGUUACCAACGACACCUUUGUUUACAUUCAUUGCGACCUUCGAUUAUGCAACAGAAACAUCCAUGGUUCCAUUUGUGCUAAACGUACCAGCUGCUCGGAAAGACGAAAACGUAAUGCACCUAUUUUUGAUGUUGCUGAUCGUAGCUACCAACUUUCAAUUGGCCCCAUCGUGUACAGGGAGGAGAAGACGAGAAAGCAAACAGAGGAAAAGGACGAGGACAAAAAUCAAGAAAACGUGACCGAAUCUGGGUCCAGUCUGAAUACGAUUAUGAUUGUCAUGCUGGUUUGUGCUGGGGUUAUUGUUGUUCUGUUAUCUCUAACUGUCGUCGUAUUGGUCAGAAGACGUGGUAGAGGAAAUUCUACAACAUCCGUUGAGAAGGUUGGAAUGGAAUGCUCUGCUGGUAAAGUGGAAGAACUUGACAUCAGCAACGUGGCAGGGAAGUAA